GCUACAGUUGCGCAGCGGGGUCAGCGCGAACCAAGGACAUUAGAGAAAUUGGUCAAUUUGUUCCUGCGCUCCUUCUGUUACCACCUGAGAAAUGAAUCAGGAGGCGGCGCUGUGACUGGACACCGUAUAUAAAGGAAUAUCCUGCUGCUUUAACUCCCUUCUCCGUGGGGGUGUGCGGAGUGACAGGAGUCGCUGAUGCCCACCCUGACACCAGGAGAUGAGGAUGAAGAGUGCCCGUGAUGAGGAUGAAGAGUGCCCGUGAUGAGGAUGAAGAGUGCCCGCGUGUGUUUCUCGUAUUUUCUUCAGCUUAGAUCAACUCCUCCAUUCAGCCAAAUUCGAGGAACGGAAGGAAAAGAGGAGCAGGUGGGGGGAGGUGGAGGAGGUCUGCUUUCCUCCUCUCUUGUUUUGGCACACGGAUGGAUGACUUGUUGACACAGAUGAACAAACUCACGAGUGGAACUUGAUGUAGGUCACACGUGAGCUCCACUCCACGUCUCUGUUUUCUCCGUGCGCUCAGGAACUCAUCCAAGUGCGCUCCAUGAUUCCGUCCACUGGACGCGCCGGGCACGGCGGCAUCUGCGGGACAUAAGGUACGAGUCGGCACCCGGGGCUGGUGCCCGGUAGCGCGCGGCCAGGGAUGCCGGACACGCUGAGCCUCAUCAGGAACCAGACGGAGCCGCAGCUGGGGCAGCUGGAGCGCACACUGGCCGCCGAGGGCAGCACCCGCCCCGCCUGGGUCAUAGCCAUCCUGGCCAGUGUCCUGAUCUUCACCACGGUGGUGGACGUGCUGGGGAACCUGCUGGUCAUCAUCUCUGUCUUCAGGAACCGGAAGCUGAGGAACUCUGGUAAUGUGUUUGUGGUGAGCCUGGCGUUCGCUGACCUGGUGGUGGCCUUCUACCCGUACCCUCUGGUUCUCUACGCUCUGUUCCAUGAUGGAUGGGCCCUGGGAAACACCCAGUGCACGGUCAGUGGUUUCUUCAUGGGCCUCAGUGUCAUUGGUUCAAUCUUCAACAUCACAGGGAUCGCAGUCAACAGAUACUGCUACAUCUGUCACUCCUUCUCCUACAGUCGCCUCUACAGCUACCGCAACACGCUGCUGUUCGUUGCCUUGAUUUGGCUGCUCACCGUCGUGGCCAUCGUCCCCAAUUUCUUCGUGGGGUCGCUGCGCUACGACCCCAGGGUCUACUCCUGCACGUUCGCCCAGAACGUCAGCAGCUCCUACACAGUGGCCGUGGUGGUGAUUCACUUCCUGGUUCCCAUCGCCGUGGUUACCUUCUGUUAUCUUAGAAUAUGGGUGCUUGUCAUUCAGGUGAGACGUAAAGUGAAGACUGAAGAGAGUCCUCGCCUUCGACCCAGUGACUUGCGGAAUUUCAUCACCAUGUUUGUGGUCUUUGUGCUUUUCGCCAUCUGCUGGGCACCACUGAACCUAAUCGGGCUGGCGGUGGCCAUAGACCCUCCCCGCGUGGGUCCUCGUAUCCCAGAGUGGCUCUUUGUGGUCAGCUACUUCAUGGCCUACUUCAAUAGUUGUCUGAACGCCAUCAUCUAUGGCCUGCUCAACAGGAACUUCAGGAACGAGUACAAACGUAUCGUCUCCUCAGUUUGGGUCACGCGGCUCUUUGUGACAGAGACUUCCAGAGCGGCUACAGAAGGCAGGAGCAUGAAGAGCAAGCAGUCGCCGCCUCCGCUGCCCCUGCCGCUGCACAACAACAACGAGUCGGCGAGAGAUCGCAUUAACAAAGAGUCAAACAUGGAUCCUUCAGCCUCUUGAAGAGAAAUGAAAAGAUUGUGUUUGUAUCUGAAAUCAUUGACAUUUGUGCAGCUCAAGAGAGAGAAGCAGCGUCUGGAACUGAAAAUCAUGGCUUUGUGGAUGUAAAGUUGUUGUUUUUUUAAUGUUUAGAUUCGAGAUGUUCAGAACUGUUUAUUCAGCGACUUCUCGCUUUGAACUUUGUUAAAGUACUUCUUACGAUGACGAAGUUUCGUAGAUGUCGUAUCCUGUGAGAACUGAGCCAU